AUGCAACAACACAGAGAAGUGCCGUAUCCGGUCAUGACAACAAUCAAGACUGCAACCGCACAGGAUCUUUGCACCCAAGCACGUUCAAUCUGGCUCGAAGCAUCUUCUAUUGAAGAACUUGAUCAAGUAGAGCAACUUUAUCGACAAGCCCUUAAUUCCAAACAACAAUCAAAUAAAACUACCCAUGAUGGUCGUCCACUCAAGAAAAAGAAGAAAAGGACAGCCAUUGCAGAGCUGAGCGCUGUGGAAUAUCGAAAGGCAGGAGAACGACUAUCGCUGCUAUACUGCCAAUCGGGAAGGGCGCAAAAGGCGAAAAAAGGACUCGAGUAUCUCGGGUUCACAUGCCGGCUUUCCCAGCAGGUUCUGGAUUACCCUCUGCCCUCCAAACACAAUGGAAAGAGUCGAAAACGUACAGCCACGAAGCAAAGCCACUCAAAAUCUGCACCGCCGUGCGUCAUAUACGACAAUUUCUUGUACGACGAAGAGCUGGAGCACUUGAAGGCAAUAUUUGGCGACCCCAAGGCGAGUUACUGGUCAUCACACAGCUACCAAGUGGAGCCACCUAGUCCUUACUUUUCCUAUGUACUACCAUUAUUGCCGAAGAGCAACCGUCGCUCCAAGAGUUUUAUUGAUCAGCUGGUCCGAAAGGUAUGGAGGCUUCCACAACUAAACAGUAAAUUUCCAGACCUGUCUCAUGCAACACAUGUUGAGAUGUGGGCUCAUAAUCGACCCCAUGCGUCUGGCCACCAAAUGCAUUUCGAUAGCGACGAUGAAGGACGGGGAGGAGUCCGCAAUCCAAUCAUCUCCACUAUAUUAUACAUUUCUGCUGAUGGUGGUGGACCUAGUCUUGUGACGAACCAACGAUUGGACUCGUCAAAUUUGGCACACAAAGGAUGGCUUGCCCAUCCAAAAACGAAACGACUGGUGGCUUUUGAUGGUCGUGUUUUGCAUGGUGUCGUACCAGGAAAGGGCUUCUCUCGGCAGAAAGGUGGCAGAAGAGUAACUCUAAUGUUUGCCUUUUGGAAGCACAUCAAGGUCCGGGACGAAGCAACGCCUGGUUCGUCAAGACCUUUUCCAAUCGAGUCCGAGGAUCAAUGGGCAGCAGGCUUGCUUGAUGACUCCCUCACGCUCAAGACCGGGGCAAGUGCGGACAUGAAAGAUCAAGAUCCGAUUGAAAUCGAUGCGGUAUACGAAAAUUUGGACGGUCGACAUUGGACCCGACAUAAUGACAUGCCAGACUACGAACAAGUCUUUCAGGGAUUCUGA